UGACAUCACACGUGCGGAGAAGCAAGGGCACCGGUGGAGAAAUUCUUCGACUUUAGCGAUACACUUAUAUAACGAGAUGCUGUCGACUUCAAGACUUUCACACAAAUGUUUAAAAACUGCCACAGAUCUGUGCAGUUCAAGAAGUUUUACCAGUUUUUCACGAAAGGCUCCAGCUUCUGUUGUGAAUAAUAAAAAUGAAACUGUUCAGCAUCAAAGCAAGAGGCAUGCAUCUGAAAAAGUUCGAGGACAUGUCAUUGGAAUCGAUCUUGGCACAACAAAUUCCUGUGUUGCCCUUAUGGAAGGAAAAUCUGCCAAGGUCCUGGAGAACUCGGAAGGAGCGCGUACUACACCCUCAGUUGUAGCAUUCUCAAAAGAUGGCGAGCGUUUAGUUGGAAUGCCAGCAAAGCGACAAGCAGUGACCAAUGCUUCAAACACAUUCUCUGCCACCAAACGUUUAAUCGGUCGACGUUUCACAGAUGCUGAAGUGCAGAAAGACAUGAAAACUGUUUCUUACAAGAUUGUGAAAGCAUCUAAUGGUGAUGCUUGGGUUGAAGCAAAUGGCAAACUUUAUUCACCUAGUCAAGUGGGAGCGUUUGUUCUCAUCAAAAUGAAAGAAACUGCAGAGAGUUACCUCGGCCAGAGUGUGAAGAAUGCAGUCAUCACAGUCCCUGCUUAUUUCAAUGAUUCUCAGAGACAGGCUACAAAGGAUGCUGGUCAGAUUUCUGGACUGAAUUGCCUCCGAGUCAUCAAUGAACCAACAGCAGCUGCUCUGGCCUAUGGAAUGGAUAAAACCGAGGAUAAACUAAUUGCAGUGUAUGAUUUAGGAGGUGGUACCUUUGAUAUCUCCGUACUUGAGAUCCAAAAAGGUGUGUUUGAAGUGAAGUCCACUAAUGGAGACACAUUCCUUGGUGGGGAAGAUUUUGACAAUCACCUUGUCAACUUCUUGGCUGCAGAAUUCAAACGAGAUCAAGGACUUGACAUAACAAAAGACAAUAUGGCGAUGCAGCGACUGAGGGAGGCUGCGGAGAAGGCCAAGAUUGAAUUAUCCUCAUCACUGCAGACAGAAAUAAACUUGCCUUAUUUAACAAUGGAUGCCUCUGGACCAAAACACAUGAACCUGAAACUUUCCCGUUCAAAGUUCGAGUCCAUUGUCGAAAGUCUUAUUAAACGUACAGUUGGACCCUGUCAGAAGGCCAUGCAGGAUGCUGACGUAAAGAAAUCUGAUAUUGGAGAAGUCAUUCUGGUUGGUGGAAUGUCCCGAAUGCCAAAGGUUCAGUCUACAGUUCAGGAACUGUUUGGCCGACAGCCGAGUAAGUCCGUGAACCCAGACGAGGCUGUGGCAAUAGGUGCUGCCAUUCAGGGAGGAGUGUUAGCAGGAGACGUGACAGAUGUUUUGUUAUUAGAUGUAACUCCGCUGUCUUUGGGUAUCGAAACACUUGGAGGAGUCUUCACCAAGCUGAUCAACAGAAACACCACAAUUCCUACCAAGAAAUCACAGGUAUUUUCAACAGCAGCUGAUGGGCAGACCCAGGUAGAGAUCAAGGUUCACCAGGGCGAGAGAGAAAUGGCAGGCGAUAACAAACUCCUGGGACAGUUUCAACUGGUUGGAAUUCCCCCGGCUCCAAGGGGAAUCCCCCAGAUUGAGGUGACCUUUGACAUUGAUGCUAACGGUAUUGUGAAUGUGUCGGCCAGAGACAAGGGCACAGGAAAAGAACAACAGAUUGUAAUUCAGUCUUCUGGUGGACUUAGCAAAGAUGAUAUAGAAAACAUGAUUAAGAAUGCAGAGAAAUAUGCAGCUGAGGACAUCAAACGAAAGGAAUCUGUUGAGGCCAUCAACAAGGCAGAAAGCAUUAUUCACGACACAGAGACCAAGAUGGAGGAAUUCAAAGCCCAAUUACCAGAGGAGGAGAGCCAGAAAUUGAGGGAACAGAUUACCAAGACAAGGGAUAUUUUAGCCAAUAAAGAUAAUGAGUCACCAGAAAAUAUUGUGUCAGCUACCAAUGAAUUGCAGCAGUCUUCAUUAAAAUUAUUCGAAAUGGCAUACAAAAAGAUGGAAUCCGACCGUGCCAGUGAAGCAAGUUCAUCCUCAUCUUCAUCCGACUCAACAUCACAUGAAGGGGAGGGAGAAGAGAAGAAGGAAGAAAAGAAUUGAUGAUGAUUUGUGUGAUAACUGUUGUAACAAAGACUAUAUAUGUACAUUUAGUCAUGUCGACCGUCGGCAGUGGUACCAUAUAAUACAAGAGGAAUAUUCACCUAAUAUUUCUAGGAGGAAGUCAAUUUGACCAUGUGAUAUCCGAGAUUGGUACUAUUGUGUAGAUAUCUUGGAGAAUUGUGUGUGUGUGGGUGUGUGAGAUUUAGCAGUGCCAACUGGUUUGAGUUGUUCAUAUAAUAGUUUACUGGAAAGGACUAGAUUUUGCUCCCAGGGUAUAUUUUGAAAUUUGUAUCAAAAUUCUUUUUGUGAUGGAUGGAAUGUGUGAAAGAUAUUGAAUCAUCGACUCGUUUUCAUAUUGUGUGAAAAUUCAUUCCAAGUAUUCAAAUCAAUGACUAAAAAUUGAAUCACUAGGCCCUGGUAGAGCUGAAGAAUCUGAUCAUGUUCAUCAUAUUCAUCAAGUGAGUGAUUGCACUAUAUAACAGUUCCCUAUUUCGGGGCCGCGGUAGCUGAGUGGUUAAGGUGUCCCGACACUUCAACUCUAGCCCUCCACCUCUGGGUUGUGAGUUCGAAACCUACGUGGGGCAGUUGCCAGGUACUGACCAUAGGCCGGUGGUUUUUCUCUGGGUACUCCAGCUUUCCUCCACCUUUAAAACCUGGCACGUCCUUAAAUGACCCUGGCUGUUAAUAGGACGUUCAACAAAAACAAACCAAACCCUAUUUCAACUUGUGUCUCAUCAACAGCAGUGUAUCAAAAGUUCAGCCUCACAAUGUGUGUUGUCAUAUACAGUAAUACAUGGACAAUUAUGUUGAGGUCUGUACAAACCUCUUUAAAUCUGUUCAGUCAGUGUACUUACAUAAUCAACAUGGAGUUGGCGAUAUUCCAGGCCUUUGUGGCUCUUUUGUUGUGUAUUGGUCUGAAUCGGAUACAGAAAAAUCUCUUAUACUAUUGUUCUAGAGGCAGUUUAUAAAUCGUUCUGGGGUUUAGCGAAUUGAAUAACGUGUCAGUUGGUCAAAGUUUUGAGUCCUGUAUAUGAUGGGCCCUUUGUAGGUCUGGGGUAUGACCAACACCAGAUUGCAAUAGGUCCGAGUUUGGUUGUUGUAGAUCACUGUUACAGAUGGCGAGAAUGUUGUAUUUUACUCUGAAUAAAAACAGUUUGCAUCUGGUUAAUGUUGUAUGAACUGUGGGGAAAUAUAGAGCAUGUCCAUUUGAUAAAACUAGUACAAUGAUUUGGGCUUAUACUUACCAAUCGGCAUUGUUUUUGAACCAUAGAUUAAUCGUAUUUAAUUUUGAAUAUGUAGAAUAUUGUACAUAAGUUUGUACAGUAAUUAUCAUACUGCCAUAUCAUGUAAACACUUGUAUGGUUUAAUUGAUCAAAAUUAUAAUUUAAGGAAAUGUUUUUGAUGAAACCAUUGCAGUGUUUUGGUUUAUUAUAUUACAUUUUGUCAAUUGAAACAAAUUUCUGAUUUAAAAGUUCAUCACAGCAAGCUAGCUUAUUUCAAAUUUUAGAUGGAUGGUGUGGGAAAUGUAGUAAAUUCUACGAUGAAUCACAUGUUACAGAUAUCCAAAUGAGUGUAUAGAAAUAUUUUGUUUGUUAGAUAUGAGUAUAUAUAUGUAUUAGGAUAGAUAAGCAAUGAACAAUUUUGGUAUUAAACAAGUUCAACUUUGGUGAUAUCAUAUUUAAUUUAUCUUGCAUCUGACAAGUUUUACCAUGAUAAAACCAUUACCCAAGUAAACUGGUCUCUUAACUUUUUUCACCAGCAUCAUUUAAUGUAGAUAUUUUUCAUUAACUUAAACUGGCUACCAAAUGUUCACAUUGUACAGAGUUAUGUCUUAAUUUGGACCAGUUCUUGAUGUGCUAUCAAUAAUUUUAUGAUGGCAAAUGUAAGAUGUACUAUUCAGACUGCAUGUUCAAGCAAUCCGUAAAAUAUGAAGUAAAUCUUUUGUGUAAACAU